UGACCCCCGCGUGGAAGUCCUAGCGCUGUGCUGAUCUCUCAGCCUCUCGCCGGCUCUUGCCGUUUUCUGGUUUAGACAUGAAGGUUUGUUUUGCUCCGGCUGAUGUGCCUUUGGUUAGGAGGAUCCAGACUGCUGUCGUAUUGCAGUGGGUCUUCUCUUUCCUGGCCCUCGCCCCCUGCUGUAUUGUGUUGUUCUUCUUCCUGCUCUUCACUCGUUUCUGGCUCAUCAGUGUGCUCUAUGCCACCUGGUGGUACAUCGAUUGGGACACGCCUUCACGAGGAGGCAGAAAAGUGCCCUUUCUGUGUCGAAUACGCGUGUGGGAGUACAUGAGAGACUAUUUCCCCAUAAAGCUGGUGAAGACAGCUGAUCUGGACCCUACGAAGAAUUAUGUGCUGGGCUUCCAUCCUCAUGGUAUCCUUGUAGCUGGUGCAUUUACAAAUUUCUGCACAGAGGCAACAGGUUUCAGACAACUCUUCCCUGGGCUGAAGAGCAACCUUCUUAUGCUGCCUCUCUGGUUCAGAGCCCCCUUCUUCAGAGACUACAUUAUGUCUGCAGGCCUGGUUCCAUCAGACAAGGACAGUGCCAGCUAUCUGCUCCGGCGGAAGGAAGGUGGGAGCGCUGUGGUCAUUGCAGUUGGUGGUGCCCCUGAGGCUUUGGAUGCCCACCCUGGUGAACACAUUGUUCACCUAGCCAAUAAGAAGGGCUUCAUUAAACUUGCGAUAGAGCACGGUGCAGAUUUGGUUCCUAUAUAUUCAUUUGGAGAGAAUGAGUUAUUUGACCAGGUGCAGAACCCUCGUGGCACCUGGCUGCGCUAUAUUCAAGAGCGUCUGCAACGCAUUAUGGGCGUUUCGCUGCCCCUCUUCCAUGCACGAGGUGUUUUCCAGUACAGCUUUGGCCUAAUGCCUUACAGAAAGCCUAUCAACACUGUUGUGGGUAGGCCAAUCCCAGUAGAGAAAAACGAGAAACCAACAGCAGAAGAAUUGGAUGUGUUUCAUCAGCGCUAUAUGGAUGAACUCAUCCACCUGUUCGAGGAACACAAAGGAAAUUAUGGAGUACCUGAAGACACUCACUUGGAGUUCCAGUGAGAGUAUCAAUGAAGCGUCUGUGUGGUUGUGUGUGUGGGGGAGAGAGGGAGAGAUACAAAAAGAGAGAGUAUGUAUGUGUAGUUUAGUUACAGUGGUGUGUUGUGAGCAUUUAAAACAUAGUUGUUUUGCUAUAUAACAUCAAUUGUUGAAAAUAAUAUCAGCAUUCUAUUUUCCUGAUAAAUGACAACAUUACAGUUACAAUCAUUCGGCUAUACUUUAAUUUGUAAUUUAUUUGCAAAAAUGUUUUUUUCAUGUAAAUUAAAAUUCAAUGUUUUAAUACCUAAAUUAACUGGUUCUAAGUCAGAACUAUUAUGUAAAAUGGCAAAUGCAACCUGACUUCAUUAACUUCACUUCAACUUUUACAGUGUAUUUUCUACUGUACGUGCUUUAAAGCACAACAGAGUGUCUGAAUAAAUCUACACCAGUUUUACUA